UCCGAGCAGCGCUGCGCGAGAAAUGAGCUCUACGAGGCUCCCGGCGGUAACCUGGUUGACGGUUUACCGCUGGAUCCCACUACCUCGUAGAGCAGCUCUUCGUUAUCGACGAGCUAGAGGAAUUCCGGCGCAGGGUGCAGCUAGUACCUCGUAGAGCUCUUCGGCAUCGAUGAGCUAGAGGAAUUCUGGCGCGGGGUGGAGCUAGUACCUCGUAGAGCCCUUCGUUGUCGAUGAGCUAGAGGAAUUCCGGCGCGGGGUGCAGCUAGUUGGCCCACCCGGCCCGGGCGGACAAUGUGACGACUUUGGGUCGGUUUGGCUGAGACUUGAAAGAUAUCCAACCAUUCGUUUUUUUACAAAGCAGGUUUUUUUCGCUGAGCAUUUGCACAUACGCUUCGUUCUGAGAGCAGUCUAAAGAGGAAAUCUUACUAUCGGUUGACUUCCGGGAACCGACCUCAUAUUGACAUCAAAAAAUGCAAACAUGAAGAUUUUUAGAAUCUCUUCUUCGAAUUUCUCUGCUUCGAUUCUGAGCACUCUUACCCGUGCGAGGAGCUCUACGAGGUUCCCGGCGAGGAGCUCUACGAGGUUUCUUCAGCAGACGUGGGAAUGCAAGUUUCUUCAGCAGAUGUUGGCAUGCAUGUUUCUUCAGCAGAUGUUGGAAGGCGCGUUUCUGGGAGUGCUUCAACAGGCGUUGGAAUGCAAGUUUCUUCAGGAAAUGUUGGAUUGCAAGUUUCUUCAGCAGAACCAGAUGUUGACAUGCAUGUUUCUUCAGCAGAGGUUGAAAUGCACGUUUUUGGGAGUGCUUCAACAGGCGUUGGAAUGCAAGUUUCUUCAGCAGAUGUUGGAUUGCAAGUUUCUUCAGCAGAACAAGAUGUUGGCAUGCAUGUUUCGUCAGCAGAUGUUGGAAUGCACGUUUCUGGGAGUGCUUCAACAGACCAGAACAAGAUGCGGAGGUUGGAAUGCGAGUCUCUUCAGCUGGUAGUGCAACAACUUGCGCGCGAGUGAAUCGAUCUGAUGUUAGGGUGCCAGAUAAAAUGGAGCAGUUCGAUCAGUUCGUAAUUGAGGUUGGAGUGCACGGGCGAAGUUACUUGAUAGAUGACAUGCUUCGCAUGAGCUUCACGUCACAAAACGUGUUUCGUCUCGCCAGGUGUCUGGGCAGAAAGUUCGGCACUCCAGUUGCCUCUAAGACUCAGUGCCGAAGCUCGGUUACGGGUAUCGCCUCAAUCACGACAUUCUUUUUGGUGUGUUCUAUAUGUGUACCAGAUUGAAAAGAUCAGAAAUUCACGGUUUCACCAGGCAAAGGGCAACGCGCGAUACCGUUGUUGAGGGCAUCCUGCAAGACCUCAUUGUGGUGCAAGGAUCUGGGAAGACGUUCGGCAAAGUUAGAUGCUACUCUCGCUCAUUUGUGAAUUUGAUGGUAUUCGCUUCCUGAGCUCAACUUUUGCUUUGAUUGUACUCGCUGCAUUUGUUACCUUGUACUUCCAGGCCGCUUGCUUUGUACUUGUUGCAUUGUCUGCUUGUGCUCUUGUCUUACCGCGGGUUGUUACGACAUACUUCGGACUUUGUGUUUGCGUUGACUCUUGCCAUGCUGUGUGUGUUUGUCGGGCAUGCGCGCGUGUUGGUAUAAGAGCUCCGCGUGUUCUUCACUUUGUUCGGAAUACGAGUUUUGCAUUUGCCCACUCCCGCUCAAAGAGUGGUGGGUGUCUUGCCUGACUCUGGUAUGCCGCCCGUUUUCCUGUUGCGUGUAUGCCUGUAAUUCACUUUGUCUGUUGUGUGUGUGCAUACUUCAAUUCGCAUUUCUUAUCUGCAUUCUGACCUUUAAUCUCUUGUGCAUUCUCAGUGGUGUUCUCAGUGCUCAUUGACCUUUGAACGUGACUUUCCGUGAUUUGUCACGUGGUGCCUCAAAGUAGGCCUUAAAUCUAGUCGACACUACACUGCUUUUAUUUUCAGUGCUGCUGAGACGGUAAUCGCUAUGUGUGGUUACUGCAUGGUCUCGCACUGCUUUGCUUCCCUCUAUUCUAUUUUUUAUUUGUCGUCUCGUGUAUUGGCAGUCUUGUGCAUAUCUGUGCAGCUUCGCUGUUUGAUGCACCUCUGCUUUAAUCUUUGCAGCUUCGCUGUCUUCCUGUACAGCUUCGCUGUUUAGGUUCUUUGUGUUUAGGCCUGCUCCCAUGGGAGCUCGAACCCGCCUUCGCAAAAGACGCAAAAGACCGGUUUGACGGUUCACCGCCGGCGCCAGUUGGUCGACCCGACCAGAACGGACAAUGUGACAACUUUGGGUCG